GUGUGCGUGUGUGUUUUUUUUCCCCCAGUCCCUUCAGCGACUACACAGGACAUGUGGUCUUGGGACCAGUACUUGAAAGAACAGAAUGCCAAUGCAGCACCCAUUGAACUGUUUUCUCAGGACCAGUCCUUUCCAGAGUAUGAAAAUGGUUUUCAGGUUGGAAUGAGAUUAGAAGGCAUUGACCCCCGACACCCAGCUGUAUUUUGUGUGCUUUCUGUAGCUGAGGUGUGUGGUUACCGUCUAAGGCUUCAUUUUGAUGGUUAUUUAAGCUGCUACGAUUUUUGGACCAAUGCUGGUUCCCCUGACCUUCAUCCCAUAGGGUGGUGUGAAAAGACCAAACAUGAAUUGCACAUCCCUAAGGGUUAUAGAAAAGAUAAAUUUGUUUGGAUGAAUUAUUUGAAGGCCUACAAAUUGCAAAAUGCUCCCAAGAAAUUAUUCAGGAACAGAAGUUCUAAUGGGCCAGUGCCUAAAGAAUUUCAGGUUGGAAUGAAGCUGGAGGCCGUCGACAGGAAGAACCCUUCCCUGGUGUGUGUGGCAACCAUAGCAGAUAUUGUUGAAGAUCGCUUACUAGUGCAUUUUGACAAUUGGGAUGAUAGUUACGAUUACUGGUGUGGUGUAAAUAGUCCUUAUAUCCAGCCAGUUGGAUGGUGUCAGAAGAAUGGAAGAACUCUGAUAACUCCCCAAGGUUAUCCUGAUCCAGAAAAUUUUUCUUGGACAGAAUAUCUGAAUUCUACUCAAGCUAGUGCUGUUCCUGCCAAAGUGUUUAAAAUGAGGUUGCCUCAUGGUUUUCUGCCGAAUAUGAAACUUGAAGUUGUGGAUAAACGAAACCCCAGGUUAAUUCGCGUUGCUACCAUUGUAGAUGUUGAUGACCAAAGAAUAAAGGUUCAUUUUGAUGGCUGGGACCACAAAUACGACUAUUGGACGGACGCAGACAGCCCUGACAUUCACCCGAUUGGAUGGUGUGACGUGACAGGGCAUCCUCUGGAAGCGCCAUAUCGAGCAAAUGAUGUGAAAACCAUUCCAGGUCAAGCUGUUUGUCCUACUCCAGGGUGCCGAGGAGUAGGCCAUAUCCGUGGUCCAAGGUAUUCAGGACAUCACAGUGCUUUUGGCUGCCCGUAUUCUGACAUGAACUUGAAAAAGGAGGUAACACUCCACGAUCGUCUGAGAGAACAAACACAGGAAAAUUUGGAAUCAGACUCUUCACAUUUAAAAUUGGAAAACCUCUGUAGUUUGAACUUCAGUGGAAAACAUGAACAGGCAAACAGUCAGCCCAGACUUGUACAGCAGGCAAAGUGUUUGAAAAUCAAAGAAAAAGAAGAUUUUGACUGGGAUAAACUCUUCAGAGGUAAAAACAAAUACACUAGCAAAAACAAAGACUAUACUUUUCAUUGUCUUAUUUGUUUGUUUGGCUGGUUUUACCAUUCCAGUAGGGAAAGGUGGAAAGGGCCUGCCUGAUAUCAACAUACUUGUGUCUAGCCCAACUGUAUGAAUAAAUUCUGUCACUUCACUGCUCUGAACUUUAAUUUUCUCAUUUUUAAAGUGAAAGGACU